AUGGAUACGUUUUUUGGUUACGACACAAGCUUGCCGGCCGACAGCAGCGGUGAGGAAGAGGGCGAUGGAAGUGUUUCGGCAUGUGGAAGCAAAUCAGCGGGAAAAGGAUCCCGGUCUCCGGCACAACGUGGUCCGCACAACGAAGCGUCGGAUGAAGACGAGUACAAUGCGCUGAACGAUGAAACUUUCGGUGCCGCCGAUAAAGGUGAUUGGGAGUGUAUACACGAGAACCUUGUGCGCCUGGAGCUGGGCGUAUCCACUUUGUGCGAGGAGGACGAUGCAAGCAGUGAGUUGGAUGAUGGACAGAGCAGCGCUCUGCUGCUCGACGACUAUGAUUUGCAUCUGCAGAUUGAAAAUUUCAACCUCUACGAUACCAACGAUGAGAGUGGUCGGAGCAGUAUGGCUGCACAGAGUAUCGGGGAAGAGUUUGCCAGCAAAUUGCGGUUGGAUCCAAGCAUUUGGGACAGUCCGACCAGGAAACCGGCACCACAGUUGGCGACCAUCGACAGUCAGCGUACUCAGAACGUGUUUUCACCGCUUAAGCAGACAUCCAGCCGGCCAGCAGCAACAGAAGCUAGGGCAAGCCUGUCGGGUGUUCCGAUCAAUUUUACUCCGCCAGCUAAAAUGCUCGCCGUGGAAGAUAUCGAGCGAAGCAUUAUCCAGCAGCAGCGGCAGCAACAGCAAAAACGGAAUGAACAACUUCACCAACAGCAAAUGUUACUGAGCCAACAGAAGGCCAUCGCAGAGCAGCAACUUUUGCAAAAUCUGUGCAAACAGCAACCACAGCAGCCCUUCAAUAAGCCGUUGGUAUCGAAGGAAGCCACAACGAUUAAAUCUCCAAUGCCGAUGGCGCCGCCCAGCGUGAUGCCGACACCUCGUAGUAACGUACCACCCAUGAUGACACCUCCCCAGCUACUAGCGGCCCGAAACCCACUGUUUCCUAACGUAGCCCCGCCACUGCUGACAGCCCCACCACGUGUUCCUGUAGGAUACUUUCCGUACAAUUUGAUGCGUACACCGUUCACUACGCCGAUCAACAAUCUAAGCAUGCAUCCCGCGUUCCCUGGAAGGCUUGGUCAUCCAUUAGGAUUACCGUUACCGCCAGGGGCAAUCGGUCCACAGCUUCCCCCAAUGCCUCUCCGUCAUCCGGGCACACCGUUUCUGCUGCCACCGAGCAGCAGCAGCGCACUGGCCGGCACCACUCCUCUGCAGAAUAAUCAAUUUAAUCAGCGGCUCGUACAGGAAAUUCAACAGAAUCAUCCGUUGCUAGCCUUCAACAGACAUCUGGCCGGUGCACUUGGUAAUAGUGUUGCUAUGGGCAACAAUGGACCGACACUGCAUCAGAAGCAUCUGCAGUGGGCUACAACUCAGCAACUGAUCCUGCAGCACCAAUUUAAUCAGCAGCAGCAGCAUCAGCUGUUGUUGCAACAGCAGCAACAGAUUGCUAAGGCUGCGGCCAGAGGCGGCGGUGCGAGAGACAAGCGCGAUGAACAUGCGAAUAUGAUGAGCAACCGAGAGAAGCAGUGGUUGAUCGCGAUCCAGUUGACGCAGCUAAAUUCGGAUACACCGUACCUGAGCGACUACUACUUUACCGUGUACAAGGAACGAAUGGCAGCGCUGAAAGGCGAUAGCGAUAACCGGGCCUAUAAGAACAACCAGCUUAACCAUCCGUUUGCUCAAUCGACACCCGGUGGUAGCAAAACCGUCACCGGCUACAAUCGGGAGCGCAAAGUAUCCGAACCGAAAGCGAAUGGCACGGAGGGAAAGGACGCAGGUCGGCCGUGUACGCCACUGCAGUUUGCCAACUCUUUGGGCAAGCUGCAGUACGGUAGUGUGAUCGCUCCGCGGAAAAUCAUCGACAUGGAUGUGAUUGGCAACGAUCAGGUUAAUGGGAAUUCUGGCCCGAGCGGACAAGAGACGACGUUGAUGCAGCGAAAAGCACGUCACGUGUUGAUGCUGAUUGAAACACUCUACAGGCUGGUACUGAAGCUGGAGGAUUUGCAGAAUCCGACGGCCAUGAAAGCCGCUGUACUGUUGCGGGAAAAAAGAGAACGUGAGCACCGUUUAAACCACCAGGACGCCAGUUUCGUGGAUGACACCGAAUCAUUCGACGAACUGGUGGCAUCGGUGGUGGGGCACCUUUCGCAGGAAAAAACGGCAGCAAUAAUGUUGGUGCGAAAGGGGAAGGUGCUGCUGCGGCGCAUUUUGGUGGUACUACGGAACCACACCUUCCGCUGGACGAUGUGGGCCAUGAUCUUCACCGCUUUACCGUUCCUUCAGCGGCGAGAUCGAGACGAUGCGGAAGGUCUCGUGGUGGUGGCUCUGCACACCGAAUUCGAGCAUCAGCUUCAAAACAGCACCGUGACUGAGUUGCUGGGAGUGGCGCAAGCAAUCGGCAGCAACAAGGUGCUGCCGGCAGUCGUUAGCUGCAAGUUUCUGCUGUCCUCCUUGAUCAGCAUCAUCUUUCAGAUGGAAAUGUUUUACGGCCGUAGCCAGCAGACGGUAAAAGGUGUUCAGCGUAAACUGUGGACAUCCUUUCUCGGGAACGUUCUGAAGGUGUUUGGCGAGGCCCAGCCACAAAGCGACGGACCCGAGCGGAUUGAGAACAAUGUAAAGGUCACCCGUGACGGUAACAUCAUACGGACGCUCGGUGUCCACUUUGAGCGGUUUGGCCCGCGCCUUGAUGGAACGAGUUUGCUGAACUUUAUCACCGAAAAUGCAAGCGAUGACGGAAGAGGCUGCCAGCAAUAA